CAAAGGUAUAUGAGUCACGACGCGUACUAUAGUGCGUAUUAUAUUCACGGAGUAAAGUUUGAGCGGUUAUAUUUCUGUGGAACUAUUUCUCUCACUGUGGAAACUUAUUUCAACGUGAAACUAUGUGCUCUACGGAAAGUAAUAUUAUAAAUGACAGUGUCAAAUACAGUAGUGAUGUUGGAGAUGCAUUUGGAUGUUCGAGAAACAGCGUCAGUCCUCACAUGGGCCCUUUACAAACGGCACCCACAGACCGUUAUGCUACACAUUACAACAUGAAUCAUGCAAAGCGUGGAUUAGCUAUUAUUUUUAACCAUGAAUUUUUCACUAUUACACAUCUUAGACCAAGAUGUGGAACAAAUGUAGAUUGUGAAAAUCUUGUUAAUACAUUGAAAAGUCUUGGUUUUGAAGUAAAUGAUUUUCAUAAUUAUACCCAUAGAGAUAUAGUGAAAAAUUUAGAAAGAGUUGCUGGUAUGGAUCAUUCUCAACAUGACUGUCUAGUUGUAGCUAUAUUGAGUCAUGGAGAUUUAGGAUUACUUUAUGCCCAUGAUACUUCAUAUAAACCUGAUUCCAUUUGGGCUCAUUUUACAGCUGAUAAAUGUCCUACACUUACUGGAAAACCAAAAUUAUUUUUUAUACAAGCUUGUCAAGGAGAUAAAUUAGAUGCUGGUACAACAUUAAAAGAACGUACAGAAACUGAUGGUCAACCAGCUUCUACAUUUCGUAUACCAAGUCAAGCAGACUUUUUAAUUGCUUACUCUACAAUACCAGGUUAUUAUUCAUGGAGAAAUACUACUCGCGGCUCGUGGUUUAUGCAAUCGUUAUGUAUAGAAUUACGAGAAAACGGUACUCGUUACGAUUUGUUAACUUUGCUCACGUUUGUUUGUCAACGAGUUGCUGUUGAUUUUGAAUCAAAUACUCCCGAUAAUAUUACAAUGCAUCAACAAAAACAAAUUCCAUGCAUUACAUCAAUGUUAACUCGUUUGGUAAAGUUUACAGCUCCUAAAAAUGGAAUUGUAUAG